AUGGCUGCAAGACGAAUGGACAUCUCAUCGCUGCUCUGUGACGACGACGACGACGAACAACUGUCGACACCAACGACGACGACGACAACAACCUCACCAUUAAUCUAUCAGCCUGUUAUUCUAGCUCCACAUCUUCGUGUAAACGCUCUCCUCAAUCCAGUUCGUUCCACCUCCUCUCCUUUUGCAAUGUCACAUCCUCGUACAGGUCUUGACGCUCUCGUUCAUGCUGCAUCUGAAGAACGAAGGCGCAUCAGCGCUGGUUCAUCAGCAAGCGAAUCAAGUACCAGUCCAGUCAUUGACCGUAGCCUACCCCCUCCCCGCCCUUAUCCAUUCUACAUCCCAGACGACUCCCCUCGUCCACACAAGAGAAUCCGUGAAUCUCGCUCCCCCACUCCACCCCACCGCUCAGCCCCAAACCCAAGUCCAACAGCAAGCGCUCUCAGUUCCAGUCUCACAGGCCCCGGAAUGCCCCAUCUAUCCUCUCCCUUGAACAUGCCCUUGUCAGGGCCAGGAAUAAGCCCCCCACACUAUCAGCCUGUCCAUCGAUCUCCCGCCCUGCCAUCCCCAGUCCGCCAUUCCCCUGUCGUCCCUACCCGAAUGUCACCCAUCGUCUACGCUGCAAUGCGCUCUGACGUCCCCCGUCUCGGCAGGGCGGUAUGGGACGAGGAGGAAGUCGACGAUAUUAGAAGGCGAGAGGAUGUAUUGCGCGCACAAGAUACCCUCAGAGAGCCGCGGGAAGAGUACCAGCGCCAGCAUGAUCUUGACUACGAGCUGAGACAUAGGCAAGAGCUCGACCUCCGCCAGCGCCAGGAAAUAGACCUCCGCCAACGACAAGAAAUUGAGAUCCGCCAUCGUCAGGAAUUCGAGCUCCGUCAGCGCCAUCCCAACGAUAUCAUUCUCAGACAGCGCGAAGAGAUCCUUCGACAACAAGAACUUGAGCGCUGGCAAGGAGAGGGACUUCUCCGUGCACAGGAAGAAGCGGCUGCAUGGAAAGUAGAAGAGAUGCGAGGGCGGCGAGAGGCGUUGCACCAAUCCCCGCGGGAAGACUCCCAACGUCAGAAGCGGGAGAGAUCCUCACAUCGCCAGCCGUCUUUACAUCGUCCCAAACGUGAAACUUCUCUUCAUCGCGCGCGCGAUCCCCUCCUUCACCCAGACGAAACGGACCCUCGAUUUCGCGAACUGAUGAGACAGCGCGAACAGGAGCUAUUGCAUCAACAGGUAGAGACUCAAAGGAGGCAGGAGAUCGAGCGCCAGCAGGGCGAGCAGCUCCUUCGACAGCAAGAGGAGGCAGCUGCUCGACAAGUAGAGGAGGUGCGGGUGCGCCAGGAACAACGCCGCCGGGAGGAGAUAGCAUUGAAGCAGAGGGAGGCAGAGGCACUGAGGCGUGAAGAAGAAGCGGCCCAGCUGAAGGCUGAAAUCGAGCAACGCAUUCGUGCAGAGGCCGAGCAGCGCCUGCGGGAAGAUCUUAUUCGCAAGCGACAAGAGGAGGAAAUGGAGAAGCGACGCCGUCAAGAAGAGCUUGAGAAACGGAGGGUGGAAGAGGAGCUUGAUCGCAGACGGCAGGAAGAAGAGGCUGAGCGGAGACGACAGGAAGAGGAGAUCGAGCGGAGACGACGAGAAGAGGAGGUCGAGCGCCGACGCAGGGAGGAAGAGGCCCAGCGACGACGUGCUGCAGAAGCUGAGCGCCAGCGUGCAGAGGCUGAGCUACGCCAACGUGCAGAGGCCGAACGUGCAGAAGCUCUGCGUGCUGAGCUUGAACACCGUCAACGCACCGAGCGCGAUCAGCGCCGCCGGGAAGAAGAACAGAAGCGCCAAGAAGAGCUCGAGCGGAUGCAGCGCGAGGUGAUGCAGUACCAGCAGCGAGAGGAAGCGUUGCUCAAGCAGAGGGAAGAGGCACGCAAACAACGAGAGGAGGAAGAUCGUGCACGCAAGCUACGAGAGGAGGAGGAUCGUGCACGCAGGCUGCGUGAACAAGCCGAGAGGAAAGAGCGGGAAGACCUUGAGCGCAAGCGUCUUGAGGAGCUCGAACGACAGGCUCAGCGAGAGGAGGCUGACCGCAGGCAGAAGGAGGAAACCGAACGCCAGCGUGCAGAGCUCGAACGCAAACAAUUGGAGGAAGCCGAACGCCAGCAGCAAGAAGCAGCCGAGCUAUUGCGUCUGGCCGAAGAGGCUGAACGUAAGGUGCGGGAAGACCUCGAACGCAAGCAGCGGGAAGAGGUUGAACGUCAACGACUGGCAGAGGAGCAGCUCCUGCGCGAGGAACGUCAACGAGAGGAACAGCGUCAACGCGAGGAGCAGGAACAGCGCCAACGGGAGGAACUUCAGUGGAAACAGCGCUCAGACGCCCUGCGACGACAACAAGAAGAACUCGCGCUUCAACAACAACAGGAACUCGAGCGGCGACAACAACUUGAGCAGAUGCAAUUGGACGAGCUCCAGCAGGAUGAAGAUGUGGACAUGGGUCCAGACGCUGUGGAAGGGGAGGACCACCGCGACGAGCAGCCACAACCAUCUGAUGACGUCCCAACACUACCUGCCUCUACAUCCGGUUCCUCGGCUACCCAAUCUUUGCCCCCGGCAUGCGAUGAUAGCGCGGAGCGCAAUUUGCCUCCAAUGUAUCGUGGCAAGACAAAGAUACAUUCUCCGUCGCUCCCGCUCUCCCCACCAAGUAAGGUGGAGGAGCAGGAGAUGCGUGUUCCUUCUCCCGUCCAUGCCACUGUCCCCACCGCUGUGGAACCUCCACAGUCCCCUAUACAUUCAUCUUCUACCCGCGUGUCUCCUACUUGCCCUUCCCAGUCUCCCCCACACAAGCCCGAUCCAUCAUCCAUGGACGUGGACGAGGAACUCUUGAGUCUAAUUGAAGACCGCCCAUCAUCACAUCACAAAGCCUCGCGUCCAAAACCCAAACCGUCGCCUUCUCCACAACGCCCAUCUCCUCCAGAUGACGAGCUCAUGCCUCCUCCCCCUGCUGCACCUACAAAAAAGAAGGUGGAGCCAAUCAAAGCUGGGAAGAAGAAAGGGAUGGCUGUUCCCAAGCCCCCUCCGAAACCCAAGCCUCCACCAAAGCCGCGCACAAAACCUCCUCCCAAGACGAAAGUCAAGGAACCCACGCCGAAAGAUGUUCUCAAGAAUAGUCUCUUUGCGAAGCAUGCUGCCGCCUCACGAUCACGUUCUGCGUCUGUGAUGCCUGUCGACGCCAAGGAGGAGCCUGAGGAUGAGGACAGUGAAAGGGAGGACGAUAAGCUGUACUGCGUGUGCAAGACACGAUACGACGAAGAUCGAGUCAUGAUUGCGUGCGAUCGGUGUGACGAAUGGUAUCAUACCCAGUGCGUCAAUAUGCCCGAUCUAGAAGUCGAUCUCGUGGAUCAGUUCAUCUGCCCGGUGUGCAUUCAAAGCAACUCCCAUUUGCAACUUCGAACAACGUAUAAGCGUCGCUGCUUUUUCGGGUUGAAACAUGCAGACCCAUCGUCGUCGAAUUCUUGCCACAAACCCUCUCGAGGCGCUUUCUCCAAGUAUUGCUCCGACGAAUGCGGCAUCAAAUACAUGCAGAUGCGUAUUUCGCAGUGGGAGCGCAGCGGUGGAAAACGCGACAAGCUUUGGGAAAGUGUCAAGAACGCUGAAAAACGUGAGGGUGUCGUCGUCUGCGCGGACGCCAAGAUGGAGACCGACAGAAAACCCCCACCCGCGCCUGUAUCCACACAGAAGCGCAAGGUGGACCGUGAAAUUGCAUGCUUGAAUACACGUCUCGAGAAUGUGGUGAGGGAACGGGAGAUGAUGAAGCGUGAGAUGGACAUGGUGGUAUGGAGGGAGAAACUGGUGAACCUUGCGUUUGAGCGUGCGGAAAGAGUGGAUGAGUGUGGGUGGGAUCAGCGGCUUUGCUUUGGUGAGGAGGAGUGGGAUGAUUUUGGUGUGGAGGUGUUGGAGAGCUAUGAGGAGAAGGCAAAGGAAGAAGCGUCAGAUGACGUCAUGCAGGUAGAUGGCGUCGCGACGAGUCAUGGGGAGUGGUGGUGUACGGGGAAGAAAAAAUGCGAGCGGCAUGCAGGGUGGCAAAAACUACGCGUUGCCGAAGUUGUUUUCGAUAAAGAAACGAAAGAAACGAUCCUCUCCACUCUCACCACUCGCGAACGCGAAAUAAGGAAAGGAAUCGAAGACAUAUUAUACCCACCAUCAACGAACGCCUCUCAGGCGCCGCCCAAGCCCUCAAUUGCAGAACCGCCACUUAACGGCACUAGCAAACCUCGGAUUAACGGGGAGGCUGUAGAAAAGGGGAAGAAGAAGAAAUCGUAACUCACGCCACUGUAUUUCUAAAGACAAUUUUUUCUUGUUUUUUUUUGUCAAAUUAUUUGACGUCCUUCGCAGUUCUUGAUCAUUUGUCUUUUCUUGUAGCCCUGGCCUUUACUUUGGUGAUAUCGCACAUAUACGCUAGAUGGACUCAAUAAACCAAUACCAAUACGCCCACAGGCAGUAUGCAUGAGGAAUGAAUAAAC